AUGGCCGGGGCCGUACGCCAACCGAUUGACGUCGCCUCGCUCGAGCGCUACAUCGCCAGUAAUGUCCCGGAGAUCAAGGUGCCGAUUGACGUGAAGCAGCAGUUCGGCUAUGGCCAGUCGAAUCCGACAUACCAGCUCACAGACAGCGCCGGCCGCAAGUAUGUGAUGCGCAAGAAGCCGCCGGGGAAGCUGCUCUCCAAGACUGCACACAAGGUCGACCGCGAAUACCGCAUUAUUCACGCGCUCGAGAACACAGAUGUCCCGGUGCCGAAGGCAUACUGUCUAUGUAAGGAUGAGAGCGUUAUUGGGACGGACUUCUACAUUAUGGAGUUCCUGGAUGGGAGGAUAUUCGAGGAUCCCGCGUUACCAGAGGUGUCGCCUCAGGACAGGACAGAAAUGUGGCACUCCGCCAUCCGCACCCUCGCAAAGUUCCACAGCGUCUCCCCCGCCUCCGUCAACAUGACCUCCUUCGGCAAGCUGUCUGGCUUCUACAACCGGCAGCUCGCGACCUUCAACACCAUCUCCGAAGCCCAGGCACAAGCCGUCGACGUCGAGACCAAGGAGCCCGUUGGCAAGAUCCCGCAUUUCGACGAGAUGGUCCGGUUCUUCAGCGAUCCGAAGACGCAGCCGAAGGAUAGAGCGACGUUUGUGCAUGGCGAUUAUAAGAUUGACAAUCUGGUGUUUCAUAAGACUGAGCCGAGGGUUAUUGGCAUCUUGGACUGGGAGAUGUCGACGAUAGGUCAUCCACUGUCGGACCUCUGCAACCUGCUCACGCCCUACGUCACGGCGGUCUCACCGAGAGCCAUCGAGAUUGGGCGCGGUAGCAAGGCCUUCCAGCCAGGCGCUACCGAGGGUCUGCCGGCUAAGGAGCAGCUGGUAGACUGGUACAUAGAAGUAGCAGGGUGGGACCCCAAGCCAGACUUGACCUGGGGAGAUGCGUUCGGAAUUUACAGAGGUUCCAUCAUCAUGCAGGGAAUCGCGGCGAGAUACGCGCUGCGGCAGGCAAGCAGCCUGAAAGCGAAGGACUAUGCGGUGCAGAUGGCGCCCUUUGCAGAAGUUGCCUGGAGCCUAAUAGAGGAGUGGAAGAAGGAUCAUGAGAGGGCGAGAUUAUAG